AGGAAAGAAAACCGAGAAAAAAGAUAUUACAAAAUGCUCAGGAUACUCACAGUCGUCUUAGCACUCGUAACGAUUGCUACUGUUCACGCAGAAUUAUCCAAGAAGAAGGAAGAUAAAACGUUGAAGGAUUUGGAGGAUAAAAUUGUUAAUGAUGUUAUGACGCAUAAAGUUAUGGUAUACAGUAAAACCUAUUGCCCAUGGAGCAAACGUCUGAAGGCUAUUCUUGCCAACUAUGAAAUUGAUGACAUGAAGAUUGUUGAGCUUGAUCGAUCAAAUCAGACUGAGGAAAUGCAGGAAAUUCUCAAAAAGUACUCUGGAAGAACGACAGUUCCCCAAUUAUUCAUCAGUGGGAAGUUCGUGGGUGGUCACGAUGAGACUAAGGCAAUCGAGGAGAAAGGAGAGCUGAGGCCACUUUUGGAGAAAGCUCACGCCUUGUUCACUAACCGAGUGCCUGUCCCUGACAACGGUGCGUGAGUUGGUUUGUGCAUGUGUUGCUCAUCCGUCCGAAAACACCCCUCAACUUUUGUUCCGUCUUCGAGCAUGUCGCGCCUUCCCACCCCCUUCUUUGUGCAUUUUUCAGUCAUCACGGAUUUUAUCAACCUACCACACAAUCAAUCUACCCCACAAGCAUCACCGGUUAUCUUGUUGUCCUUUUUUUUCUGUCACUUUGUUGCAAUAUUUCUGCCUCUUUCCCGAAUUCUCAAAAUGUUUGUAUCAAGAAUGAAAAUAUUUCGAUUUUU